AUGAUGCUUCGAGAGCAGGCUCGCCCGAAACUCGAUAGUCGCCAGAGAAAAUGUACUGACCGGCCUCCAGCUGCAACUGUGAUUAUAAGCGAUAGCAGUGACAACAGUGAAUCGGACGAUCAGGAGUGGCCCAUAAAGUGUAUCCUCCGUGAAACAGAAACCGAGUACCUCAUUGAUUGGGAGGGACCGUACGAUCCAACUUGGGAACCUAAAGAGAACGCCAGUGAGCUUGCUGUACUAGUUUGGAACCAGCAGAAAGCUCGACGAAGAGCGCUAUCUCGGGAAACAGCACGCACGGCGACAUUAUCGAAAGAGCCAUAUCAGGAAGCAACACGCGACAGUACCUCUCAAUCAUCUGGUGUCAUAGUGAUCUCUUCCUCAUCCUCAGAAGCAUCCAACGAUCCAGAGGGCAGCCGUCGCACCCCCUUUGAAUGUGAGAUCGAGUGGAGUGGACCUGAUUCCGGUACCUCCUCGCCACUAUUCGUGCGGCAAAACAAUCUUUCGGAGAUCGUAGAGUCUCUCCAAACUCAGUACAUCGAGACCUCAACUCAUUCUCACGAGAUAUCAUCACAAUCACCACGUCAUUCCCCGCUUUCAGCAACUGGGUCGAGUAGCUUUCGCUUACAGGCCAACGCUGCGACUUUUGACUACGUCCCCGAGUCGUCUAGUCCACCCCCAUACCUAGUUUUAGGUGAGUGUGACGAAGCCACCGUGGUUGACACCCGGCAGUGUGGUCCAACCUAUGACCCAAAUCCCAAUUCUGUCGCAGCAUGCUCAUGGCAUCGUCAGAAAUCCCCAGAUAACCACGACAAUCUCGAAUCAUCAUAUCCAAAUACGCAGUGUCUAGGUCUGGAGCCCAAGGUAUCCGAGAUAGCUGAGACGCCCCCUCAGGCAUCAAGCUUAGGAACCGUUAGCUUAUGCUUCGAGUCUGUUUCUCUUGGCGAAAAUUGGUUCCACGGUGAUUUGAAUUCACAGUCUCUCCAUUUCUGUGGACCUUUCGUAAGAGACUUUGAGCUUGCCCAGUCAACCUGUUUAAGCUCGGUCCCAGAGACACUUCUUCCAAAUCCAUCACAAGAUCUAGAUCAGACGACCAUAGAAACCAACACCUAUCCAGCACUUCUUUUAUCUCGCCGCGCAAACCUAUCUGCCGAAAUCAUGGAAGAGAACGGCGCUAAACCGUCGGAUUAUUCUCUCCCCGAUGCCUCUUUGGACCACUAUAGUGGUUUACCGGAAUCCACUCCGAAGGACAAGAUACACAACGCCUGGGCCCAGCUCGGCGUAGGGAACCAACCUGGCCUCUCGCAAACAGCUAAUGCUGCCGAAACACCAUCUUCCGUAGGUGAUAUCGAGGCUUCAGCUCCUGUGUCUGCCCCUGAGACGACCGCGCCGCUCAGUGUCAGAGCGGAUACAGAUUCCUUUGCCCACCCGCAUAUUGCAGUCCAUCACGGCCACUCAGAACCUUUACUCCCACCCUCAGAACUAGCCCAUGCGGGUCAUAUGGGCCAACCAUCAAUUCAAACCAUUCACCCCAGCGCGUUGACCGUCACUAGCAUGGAGGAGGUUGUGCCUGGAUCAGUCCACCUUGGACCAUCUGAAUUUGCGGUUACCCUUCCGAUGGAUUCCCGUGUCAAGGAUGACUAUGAACGUGUUUUAACUGAUGCAGCUACCUGUAUCCGUCAAUUCUUUGACAGCUUCCAGCCAAAUACGCAAAUUUCCGAACCUGAGCGAGAUGAUUUGCACUCAAAUAUGCGACAGGUCAUUGUGCGGUUGAGUAAUGUUUCGACACAUCCGGACUUGAACAUCUCAGACCAUUUAGAAGAUCCUGAUCCUGAUUUUGCCAAAGAGGCAUCCUGGGCUGAAUAUUCCAGUGCAAAGUUCCUAUUCCUCGGCCAUCUCAUAGAGAUAGCAGGCUCACACGAGCUCCAUCUGAUACUUGCAGUCCAAGACGAAAAGAAACAGGCCGUACUCGAGCGUUAUCUGCAGGGUAAAGGCUUCACUUAUACUCGACCUCGCGGAGAGAUGGGCAGCAGUUUGGAAGUAUCCCUCGCAAAGGGGCCGCUCAGCUUUGGUAUCCAUUCCAGCGAGAGCGCACGUGAGCUGUUCAAACCGCCCUCUGCUAUUUUUGCGUUGGAUUCCUACUUCAGCCCCAAAAGCCCGUCCAUGCAGCACAUACGAACGACCUAUGCCCGGAACGGGAGCUUACUACCCGUCAUCUGGUUCCUUGUCGCCAACACAAGUGAACAUAUCGAGCGUUGUUUACCUGAUUUACCCGAGCCGGAUCGAUUGCGUUUACUUGUUCAUUACAUUGCUCGUCUCCACGACGAGGUUGGCGAUCUCCAAGAUGAUGCCCUCGGUGUACAUGAAGAUGCCGAAGAGAUUCUGGUUUAUCUGUUGGAUACUGUUGCUGGAUGGCCAUUGCCAACUAUUCAGCCUUUACAUUUUGUACCCCUGGAGGAGUUGGAAUGCUCCAGCCCUUCCGGCGAGGUAUCACUGCCGGCUCAGAAGCGUCCACUGGACGAGGAACCCGAGGAUAACUCGUCAAAGCGCGCCCGGAUGGAUACUCAAGAGAACACCCAAUCUACUGAGUCAACUAAACCUCCCACUCAAACAUUGGAUCGUGAUUUGCAGUCCCUGGAGAACAAUCUUAUCCAGAUGAAGAACAUUCACUUAGCCGAGAAAGGCCGGUUGAAGGCUGCACUUGUCCGAGCGAAUUCUCGAUGCAAGGAACUAGAGAAGGCACUGGGCGACUUACAACACCGCUAUGAAAGCCGGACAAAUGACCUACAUGCAACCCGCAAAGAGCGUGAUCGUGCGACGGAGACCAAAACAUCUAUUGAACAACGCGUCGAGAAGCAGAAAGAGACUAUCUCGAGUCUGAAGGAAGAACGAACAGAGCUGAAGAACGAGCUCGACGAAGCCAGACGAACACUCAAAGGUGGUGGUGACAGUUCCGCUGAAUUAGAGACAGCACGCGAGGAAGUUCGCCGUCUGACCAAAGAAAACUCGAAUCUUGAGCGCAAGGCCGAGUUCGAGAAAAACCAAUCGGAAUACAUCCGGGAGCAAUACCAAACUGCAUCUACAGCUGCUGCUCAGGCUGGCACAGAGACUCGCCGAUUGACAGCCGAGAAUGAAACUCUAAAGCGCAAGGCCAACAGCAAUAUCACUCAACUUCAUGAAUUGCACAUGAAAGAUGAUAACGCUCGUCAUCUAGCUCGAAUUGAGGAGCUGGAAGCAGUCCUUGCUACACGCGAUGAGUUCCUACGCAGAAAGGAAGACGAGCUUCGUGAAAUCAGGAAGAAUCGCCCAUCUACUCGCUCUACAAGCACUCAGCCCAGAAGCCCUAAGUGGGCCAACAGCCGGCCGACCAGCCCCGGAGUCAGUCACAAUGGUAAUGGUAAUGGUAAUGGUGGUACUGGGGGCAGAGGCAGUGCGCUGCGAUACAGCUCAGAGGUGCCUUUCUAA